AUGUUUCAUGUUCUAUUGGCUGAAUCCAAUAAUAAAUUUACACUAUUUAAAUCUGAAUCGCAUAAUCGUGUUCAACGUAACGAUACAACUCGUCUCAAAUCGCCUAUUCGUGAUACUGUUCGCCAAAUGUCGGAUAAAGAUAUGACACAAACACAAAUCAGGAAAGCUGUGUCAGUAAUUCAUCCAAGUUUAACCGUAGGCACAAAAAUUAAAAAUAUUGUUCAGUAUAGUCGUUUAAAAACUCGUAAAAGUAUAAUAUCAAUUGAUAAUUUGCAAAUAUGGUGUAACCAAUAUCUUAAUUGUCCAUCUCCAGAUAAAUUGCAUGACGCAUUUGUGCCAUAUUAUGAAGCUAUUGAUAUUAAUCAUAUAUGUAUUUGUAUUACUACACGUCAGUUAUUAUCUGCGUGUAAAUAUUCAUCUACAUUAGCUAUUGAUUGUACAUAUAAAAUAACAUACAACGAAUUACCUUUACUCGUUUUUGGAACAUCAGAUUUAAAUCGACAUUUUCAUCCAUUAGGAUUAUGUUUAAUAUCAACAGAUGAAUCAGCAGAUACAUUUAAAACUUUAUUUCGUGUAUUAAAAUCAU